GAGUAUCACUAAUCAAUACCCGGCUCUUAAUAAUACAAUUUAUCAAAACUCUGAAGACAUUUAUCACAAUGGUGACGACAAUAAUUACGCUCAUCAACAAAACAUGAUUCGUAAUUAUCUUAUUCAUCAAAACCAAAACCAUGAAGAAAUUUAUCAUAAUAAUAAUUACGUUCGCCAAAAUAUGGUUCAUAAUACAAUUUAUCAAAACCCAGAAGACAUUUAUCAAAAUGUCGGUGACAAUAAUUAUGCUUAUCAACAAAAUAUGAUUCAUAAUUAUCUUGUUCAUCAAAACCCUGAAGAAAUUUAUCAUAAUAAUAAUUACGUUCGCCAAAAUAUGGUUCAUAAUACAAUUUAUCAAAACCCAAAAGACAUUUAUCAAAAUGUCGGUGAUAAUAAUUACGCUCAUCAUCAAAACAUGCUUCAUAAUUAUCUAAUUCAUCAAAAUCCUGGAGAAAUUUAUCAAAACAUAAAAGUAACAAUUUGA